AGUUUCCUGCCAAUCCCAAUUUUAUGUAUACUCUGCUAGCACGGAAUUGUGUAUUUUCCCAACAGAUUAUACAAUUAAAGACAUACAAGACAUACUACAUUAUGUAUAUAUCGUGUACCAUCCACACAACUGUGAGACGAGGACGAGAAAUUCUGUAUAUGAGUUGUGCAAAUGACGUGAAAAUCGAGAAAACCAACAUCACACCGUCACAAUAUCUCCAAACUGAGAGAGUAAAUCAUGAGAACCAGCCAAGUGUGUGCUCUCUGCUUAAAUAUUUCACCAAUCUAGUCAAUGUACUAUAAACUUUCAUUGUUAUUCGACACACUAUAUCUUACACCUUUUGCAAUUUAGAUAAAGCUAUAUUUAAAUGGGACAACGUUCCAAAAUACUCCUAUCUCUCAAUUUCUCGAUUGAAAGCUCUUUGUUUUAUGUAGUUACAUAUCACCUUUAAUCAAUCACCAUUGCACCCUGUAUAAUGUGGGAAUUUAACUGUGAGUAGGGAUUGGCUGUGAAAUGGGUAAAAUGUAUAAAUCAAUUGUGUAUUAGCGUGAAGUGUUUUUCAUCAUUGAUAAAACCAAUUUAUGUUUAGUUAAGUUGGAAAAACAACAUGUUUUUUUAAUCACAAAAAAACUAUCUUUGAUACAAUCUGUAAUGCUGCUUGAAGUGGAGGUGUGUUUUUAGUGAGUAUAAAAGUAGUGCUUUCCUAACUACGUCUCAGUAGGAGAUAUAGAGUGAAUUUGUGAGCUUUAAAAUGUUCUAAAAUAGAAUAUUAGUGAUCAGAUGAAAGUGAUGUGAAAAUUUUUAACCCUGGAAAAGUGGCUGAGACUGAAAAGUAGAAAAGUGGUGAAAAAAAAAGAAUGAAAAAAAGUUUGGAUUUGAUGGAUAUUGCAAUUAUUUUUUAUUCAACACUCCCAACUGAGAGGAAUUACGAUGGAAAUCUCUAAAACAACAGAGGCAAUUUUUUACGUGAGCCGAGUUUUCGGCCUCAGUCCAUACCAAAUAAUUCGCAAUGCCAAAGGGCAUAUAAUUGACUACACAGAGAAAAGGAUAUGGUACAUAUAUACCAUACUUGUUAUUGUUGCAUUAGAUAUUUUAACAUUCUACGGAAUUCAUUAUGACAUGACUUCGAAGCGACCCGUUCGUAUGAAAACGUCGACUUCGAGGGUAGUCACGGUACUGGAUAUUUCUAUUAUUGUGGGAGCCUCAACAUCCGGGGUGCUGUGUGGACUCUUUGGUUUGAGUAGGACACGGAAAUUCAACCAUAUUCUUCGCACUACAGACGAAUACCUCUCGAGCUACAGUGAAUUUGUAAGGAAAAAGCGUCGAGGAAUUAUUUUCCUUGUAGCUACACUUGUAACACUAACAGUUGCAGUUGUUGUGGACAUAAUUGUAUGGAUGCGAGCAGCUGAUAAAUUAGCUACAAAAACAAUUGAUACACGAAGAAAUGUAUGGCACUACAUGACGAUUUACCUUCUCUACUAUGUUCUGGUGGUGUUUCAUGUGGUUUUCACACAGUCGGCCCUCGGAAUCGCAGAUAGAUUCCGCUUCUUGAACAAGGUGCUCCUAAAUGUAUUCCCCGAGAGCACAUUACAUCUCUUUCAACCCAUUCGAGUCAUUAAACUCCCCGUGGUACAGAAUGUGAGCCAGGCCGUGGAUGAUCUAGGCAAUAAAACAAAGAAUGCGACCACAGCACCAAUUACCACCCUCACUGGCGUUUCAACAAAAGUGCCCCCAAUUAAAUUGGCGGAAAUUCUCGAGCGUCUCAUUGAUAUCCAUUCAUCUCUCGGCCAGGCGGUGCAUUUAAUGUCAACGGUGUAUGGAGCUGCAAUUAUCGUGGGACUAAUCUCAUGUCUUCUUCACGUUGUGGCGACAGCUUAUUUCCUGCUACUGGAAAUUCUAGAUGACGGAAGUAGUGGUCUCUUUUGCACGGCUCAGUUGCUAUGGCUCGUUGUACAUAAUGCUCGUUUACUGAUGGUGGUAGAACCAUGUCAUACCAUCCUUUCUGAGGCGAUGAGAACAACAAAAAUCGUGUGUGACAUCCAGAGAUAUUGCAAAGAUCCAUCCAUAAAAGAAAAACUUGAAAUAUUCUGGAGUCAGCUCGUUGUGCAGAAAUCAUAUUUCACUUUUAGCGCAUUUGGAAUGUGCAAAAUUGAUCGGGAAAUUAUCACAUCGUUUUUUGGCACAAUAGCAACAUACCUUGUGAUUUUGAUUCAAUUUCAACGUUCAGACACUUCAGCACCACCACCCAUAGAGGACAAAUAGCUAUAAUGUAUGACUAAAAGUAUUUUCGAUAAUUAAAUUUUCAAUGAUAAUGAAAUCAAUAAAUGUAUUGUGUUGCCAUUAACAUAUACAUAUAAAUACUUGAUUGACAUAUAACCCUUUUAAAAUAAUACAAUUAUGUAUGACUAAAUUUAACUAGCAUUAUUAUAUCAUUUUCAAAAAAUUGAAUACAUUGUGUAAUUAUAUCAAUAAAUUGAAAAUGAAACAUUAAAA